GGUGGGUAUAUUAUAUAUACACACGUGCGCGACUCAAGCGAAACAGCAAGGAGAGGCAGAGCAACUGAAUGAGAAUUUUAUACUAAGGAGGUCAAGUGUGGCCACUUGAGUUAUACGCAAUGGAGAAGCUGGGCUGGAGCUGUUUCUUUCUGGUCAGCCUGUCUGGGCCCCUCUGGGCUUUCCCUGUGGCCAGUUCCCGUGAGAUUGCCUACUGGAUCUCAGCACCCAGGGAAGAUGCAGGGUUAAAUCUGAAAGCAUUGCGUGGCAAGAAUCAGGGCUCCCUUCGACAGACUCUGCCGAGGUUACUCAGCACACAGGUGGACAGUCAACCCAGCAAAUCUGGUCUGGGACCCAACAGCUUCACCUCAAGAGAAAGUGUCAAAGAGGGUCUCUUUGGAAACCUACCCAAGAACGAUUUGCUGAAUCGCUUACUGGUGAAGAACAGAAAACGGGGGAGCCUCUCCGAAUGUUUCUGGAAAUACUGUGUGUAAAUCAGCUGUGAGUGAGUGACUCCACCUUCAGACUCCACUUUCUUUAAUUUAUGAAGAUGUUCUUGAGAAUGACUGUAUACAAAACGUCAAUUAAAAAAAAAUGUGACAUUGGCAAUGCCGCCCCACCCCCCACCCCCUAUUCCUUGGUGUUUCGGAGACGAAUAAAUCCUGUUUUGCAAA